CCUAUCGCGAGAUCUUAGCCAGCCGGGUGGUGGAGGCGGCGCUGGCGCCUGCGGGGUCCGAAGGAAGACUACGGAAAGACCUAAAGGCGACUUCCUCCUCGCCUGCUCCGUGUCACGGUGCCGAGAACGAUGGAGUACAUGACAGAAUCCACCGUCCGCAGCCCCGGACACGUUUUGUGCUGUGAGUGUGGUGUCCCGAUAAGUCCAAAUCCUGCCAACAUUUGUGUGGCCUGUUUGCGAAGUAAAGUAGACAUCAGUCAAGGUAUCCCGAAACAGGUCUCGAUUUCUUUCUGCAAACAAUGUCAAAGGUAUUUUCAGCCACCAGGAACAUGGGUACAGUGUGCUUUAGAAUCCAGGGAACUUCUUGCUUUGUGUUUGAAAAAAAUCAAAGCACCUCUCAGUAAGGUUCGGCUUGUAGAUGCAGGCUUUGUUUGGACUGAGCCCCAUUCCAAGAGACUUAAAGUUAAGUUGACUAUACAGAAAGAGGUGAUGAAUGGAGCUAUCCUUCAGCAAGUGUUUGUGGUGGAUUAUGUUGUUCAGUCCCAAAUGUGUGGCGAUUGCCAUAGGGUAGAAGCUAAAGACUUCUGGAAAGCUGUGAUUCAAGUCAGGCAGAAGACUUUGCACAAAAAAACAUUCUAUUAUCUGGAGCAAUUGAUUCUGAAGUAUGGAAUGCAUCAGAAUACACUUCGUAUCAAAGAGAUUCAUGAUGGUUUGGAUUUCUAUUAUUCCUCAAAACAACAUGCUCAGAAGAUGGUAGACUUUCUUCAGUGUACAGUUCCCUGCAGAUACAAAGCAUCACAAAGACUGAUCUCUCAAGAUAUUCAUAGUAACACAUACAAUUAUAAGAGCACUUUUUCUGUGGAAAUUGUUCCAAUAUGCAAGGAUAAUGUUGUCUGCCUGUCUCCAAAACUGGCACAAAGCCUUGGGAAUAUGAGCCAGAUAUGUGUUUGCAUUCGAGUAACUAGUGCCAUCCAUCUCAUAGAUCCUAACUCCCUACAAGUUGCAGAUGUUGAUGGGAGCACUUUCUGGAGUCAUCCUUUCAAUAGUUUAUGCCACCCCAAACAGCUAGAAGAGUUUAUUGUGAUGGACUGCAGCAUAGUCCGAGAUCUAAAGCGCAGUGCAGGUGCUGGGAUGAUAUCGAAAAAGCAUAGCCUUGGGGAAGUCUGGGUACAGAAAACAUCUGAAAUGGAUACAGAUAAACAGUAUUUUUGUCGCACUCACUUGGGACAUCUUCUAAAUCCUGGAGACCUGGUACUGGGGUUUGAUUUGGCCAGCUGUAACUUAAAUGAUGAGCAUGUCAACAAAAUGAACCCAGAGAGAGUUCCAGAUGUGGUAUUAAUCAAGAAGAGUUAUGACCGCACUAAACGCCAACGCCGCAGAAACUGGAAACUGAGGGAGCUUGCAAGAGAUAGAGAAAACAUGGAUACAGAUGAUGAAAGGCAAUAUCAAGAUUUCCUUGAAGAUCUUGAAGAAGAUGAGACAAUUAGAAAAAAUGUUAACAUUUACCGAGAUUCUACCAUCCCUGUGGAGAGUGACACAGAUGAUGAAGGAGCACCUCGAGUUAGUCUGGCCGAGAUGCUUGAUGACCUUCAUAUUUCUCAAGAUGCCACUGGUGAAGAAGGAGCAUCGAUGAUGACAUCAUGAGAUCAUGUCUACUGUUUGCCUCUCUGUGACCUCAGGAAGUUGGAUAGAAUACCAGUUACCAUUUAUUCCAUGUAGUUCUCUGUAUUUGAGAGGAGAAACUUUGGUUUAAACCUCAGUGACUAAGACUUUUUCUUUCUUUUUUUUUUUUGAAGCAAGACAGGGUCUCACUGUGCAGCCCAGGCUAGCCUGGAACUCUAUAGAUCAGGCUGACCAGGAGCUUGCAACUAUACUCUUGCCUCUGCCAUAAUAGGACUAUUUUGAUUGUUCAUUUGAAGCAUUGGAAAGGCUUCAUAGCUCUGAAGAUUUUAGGUAAUACCAGAUACGAGAAAAUGCAGUUUCUGAUCUUUAGGCUAUUUACUUUGUGUAAUUUUUAUUAUAUGAGGUCACAGUAAUAACUUCACAUACUAUAGUGAUACUGUAGUUCUGAUACAAAGGGAUGUUUACUAAUUAUUCAACAUAAACAAGCUUUUACAUUGAUUGCUCCAUGAGCAUGUGAAGUUUCAUUUUUAAUUAAAACUUGUUAUGCACUUUGGUCCUCUUUAGGUCAGUUUUAGAUCCUUAGGGAAAUUAGGGUUUACUCUAUGACUGGACACUUUGGAAGAAAGUUCAUUUUUUUUCUUCCUAUGAUGAAUGUCUUCAGCCCUCCCCCCAGCCCAAAUUCAGGGAUCAAACCUAGGACUUAGUGUUUAUUAAGUUGGUGCUCUACCACUGAACUGUAUCUCCAGCCCUGCAAAAGCUUUUAAACAUAGGAUUAUCUUUAUUACAGUAGAAAGAAAUACAUUUAGAAUAUUUUGUGGAUUUAUGGAAAAUAUAGACUAGUUUCACAAAGGUUAAUUUUGUUCUAUUCUGCCUUGGCCAACAGUUCAUUAUAUCAAGGAUGUAGCUUUCAAAAUUUUGGUUUACAACUUGAGAAUAAAGAACUAUUCUCUUAA